GCGGCUGGCUCCGCAUGCUCAGUAGCCGCGGCCAGCCGGGCUGCGGGGCGGCGUCGGCUGCGCGCCUACGGGCUGCGGUGGCGGCCGCCGAGGCACCCGGCAGGGCCAGCCAGUCCCCGCUUCCCCGCUCCAGAGCCGCCGCCUGGGACAGGGCAGGGCGGGCCCGGAGCUCCUCCAUGCUGCCAGCCGCGGGGCUGCGGAGCCGGCCGGGUGGCUCCUGCGAUGGCGGCGGAAGAGGAGGCUGCGACGGGAGGUAAAGUGUUGAGAGAGGAGAACCAGUGCAUUGCUCCUGUGGUUUCCAGCCGCGUGAGUCCAAGGACAGGACCAACAGCUAUGGGGUCCUUCAGCUCACACAUGACAGAGUUGCCACGAAAACGCAAAGCAAGUGAUUCAGACCCAUCCCAGUCAGGAAUCAUGACAGAAAAAGUGGUGGAAAAGCUUUCUCAGAAUCCCCUUACCUAUCUUCUUUCAACAAGGAUAGAAAUAUCAGCCUCCCGUGGCAGCAGAGUGGAAGAUGGUGAACACCAAGUUAAAAUGAAGGCCUUCAGAUCCUGGCUCAGAGAGAGCACCCCUUCCUCUGCUGUACAUCCUGGAGUCAGGCGUCUCUAUCCAUCGCUGCUGUCCAUGCUGAUGGGGAAUACUGUUAGAAAGAAGAGAGAAGCUCAUAGCCAAACCGAAAAGCGGAGGAGAGAUAAAAUGAAUAACCUGAUUGAAGAACUGUCUGCAAUGAUCCCUCAGUGCAACCCCAUGGCACGUAAACUGGACAAACUUACAGUUUUAAGAAUGGCUGUUCAGCACUUGAGAUCCUUAAAAGGCAUGACAAAUUCUUAUGUGGAAAAUAAUUGUAGACCAUCAUUUAUUCAGGAUAAUGAGCUCAGACAUUUAAUCCUUAAGACUGCAGAAGCCUUCUUAUUUGUGGUUGGAUGUGAAAGAGGAAAAAUUCUCUUCGUUUCUAAGUCAGUCUCCAAAAUACUUAAUUACGAUCAGGCUAGUUUGACUGGACAAAGCUUAUUUGACUUCUUGCAUCCAAAAGAUGUUGCCAAAGUAAAGGAACAACUUUCUUCUUUUGAUACUUCACCAAGAGAAAAGCUAAUAGAUGCCAAAACUGGUUUGCAAGUUCACAGUAAUUUCCACACUGGAAGGACACGUGUGUAUUCUGGCUCAAGACGAUCUUUUUUCUGUCGGAUAAAGAGUUGUAAAAUCUCUGUCAAAGAAGAGCAUGAAUGCUUACCCAACCCAAAGAAGAAAGAGCAUAGAAAAUUCUAUACUAUCCACUGCACUGGUUACUUGAGAAGCUGGCCUCCAAAUAUUGUUGGAAUGGAAGAAGAAAGGAACAGUAAGAAAGACAACAGUAAUUUUACCUGCCUUGUGGCCAUUGGAAGAUUACAGCCAUAUAUUAUUCCACAGAACAGUGGAGAGAUUCAUGUGAAACCGACUGAAUUUAUAACCCGGUUUGCAAUGAAUGGAAAAUUUGUCUAUGUAGAUCAAAGGGCAACAGCAAUUUUAGGAUAUCUGCCCCAGGAACUUUUGGGAACUUCUUGUUAUGAAUAUUUUCAUCAAGAUGACCAUAGUAAUUUGACUGACAAGCACAAAGCAGUUCUACAGAGUAAGGAGAAAAUACUUACAGAUUCCUACAAAUUCAGAGCAAAAGAUGGCUCUUUCGUAACUUUAAAAAGCCAAUGGUUUAGUUUCACAAAUCCUUGGACGAAAGAACUGGAAUAUAUUGUAUCUGUCAACACUUUAGUUUUGGGACGUAGUGAGCCUGGAGAAGCAUCAUUUUUUCCUUGUAGCUCUCAAUCAUCAGAAGAAUCCUCUCAACAGUCUUGUAUGAGUGUACCUGGAAUGUCUGCUGGAACAGUACUUGGUGCUGGUAGUAUUGGAACAGAUAUUGCAAAUGAAAUUCUGGAUUUACAGAGGUUACAGUCUUCUUCAUACCUUGAUGAUGUGAGUCCAACAGAUUUAAUGAAAGAUACUAAGACUGUGAACUGCAGGAGUAUGUCGAAUAAGGAGUUGUUUCCACCAAGUCCUUCUGAAAUGGGGGAGCUAGAGGCUACCAGGCAAAACCAGAGUACUGUUGCUGUCCACAGCCAUGAGCCGCUCCUCAGUGAUGGUGCACAGUUGGAUUUCGAUACCCUGUGUGACAAUGAUGACACAGCCAUGGCUGCAUUUAUGAAUUACUUAGAAGCAGAGGGGGGCCUGGGAGACCCUGGGGACUUCAGUGACAUCCAGUGGACCCUCUAGCCUUUGAUUUUUAACUCCGAAAAUGAGAAACAUUUUAAAGCAUUUUAUUUACGAAAAACUGUCUCAACUAUUCUUCAGUACUGUAUUGAUAUUGUUUGUAUCUUUUAUUAAUGUUCUACCAGUUUUUAUAGAUUUGCAUCUUAUUGUCACAGGGAUGUGGGGAAAUAUGUUUUCCUCCCAAGAGAACCAAGUUUGUUAUAGACUCCUUUAUUCAGUGAAAUGGCUUAUAAUCCACUAGUUACCAUAUUUUUGCUAAAAUAUUUCUAACCAAGAAUACUACAUACCUAUUGUUUUGGCUUUGUUUUAUUUUUGAUGCAGUUUUUUUUAGUUGGGGUAAUGUAAUAUAUUGAUAUUU